GAAGUGACGUAGCACCGAAGGCGUCGUCGACCAGGUUUGUGGCGAGUAUAUGGUACCUGUUCACACUAAUACUCGUGUCUUCAUACACUGCUAAUCUCGCCGCUUUUCUCACAAAAAGUCGAAUGGCAGCACCUAUCACAAAUGCCGACGAUUUGUCCUUACAAACAGACAUAGGUUAUGGUACUUUAUCCAGUGGGUCCACCAGAGAGUUCUUUAAGAACUCUAACAUAUCUACAUUCAAACGCAUGAACGCUUACAUGAACGCUAACCCGAAAAGUUUGGUCACUGGUAACAAGGAAGGUUUUGAAAAAGUAAAGACAGAAAAUUAUGCAUUUUUAGCUGAAUCGACGUCCAUAGAUUAUCAAGUGCAGAGAAAUUGUGAACUUAUGCAAGUUGGUGAUCUUUUAGAUUCUAAAGGCUACGGGAUAGCAGGACCCAAAGAUUCUCCAUGGAUAUCAAUUAUAUCAAAAGAAGUUGUAAAUCUUCAACAACAGCAAAUCUUGUCUAAGUUUUAUACAAAAUGGUGGGUUGAUAAAAGUGACAUUGUUUGUGAAAAGGAAGAAAAGAGUAAAAAUACAAAUGCUUUAGGUGUGGCAAAUGUUGGAGGUGUGUUUGUAGUUUUGUUAGGUGGCUCAAUAUUUGGCCUACUUGUGGCUAUUCUUGAAUUCCUGUGGAAAGUGAGCAGAAAUGCACGAGUUGACAAGCAAACAUUCUGGUCUGAAAUGACGGAGGAAUUGAGAUUUAUUUUUAUCAAAUGUAAAUCGUCAAGGAACACCGGCGAUGGCAGUACAAAGACAGUGGAGAACAACGGUGUUACAUUUAAUGCUAUACCAACGGUGCCUCAUGAUAGAAAUCACAAAGAAAUAUAUGACUGACGCCAACAAAUAGUUGACGUGUGAGUCAACAUCGUUAUGUUUGCGUCUUGAAAAUUCAAAUGAAAUUAUAAUUGAUUUAUGAGAAAUGAUAUGAGCCGCGUCACGACAAAACCAGCAUAAUGGGUUUGCGACCAGCAUGGAUCCAGACCUGCCUGCGCAUCCGCGCAGUCUGGUCGGGAUCCAUGCUGUUCGCUUACAAACGCUAUAACAAGUAGAGAAACUGAUAGCGAACAGCAUGGAUCCUGAUCAGACUGCGCGGAUGCGCAGUUGGUCUGGAUCCAUGCUGGUCGCAAACCCAUUAUGUUGGUUUUGUCGUGACGCGGCUCAUAUUACUUUUUUAUGUUGUUAAUUUCAAAGGUUUAUAUUUGGUGAUAUGUUUGUAUUAUAUAUUUUGAGUUUUUUUAUGAAAUGAUUAAUUUGAAUUUAUAAUUUAUGCUAAGAGCUUUUAAAACAUGAACAUUUCCCUUUUUGCGUAGUUUUGUUAUUUAGAUAACCGACAAGGUUGAAAAAUGUCUAUCCCAGAAAGAAAGUUUUUGUAUAUAUGUGAUGUAACUUUUCUUACAAUAUUUAUUUAUUUCGUCGAUAUUAUCUUCGUUUUCAGUACAUUUCUUGAUUAUUUUGGCAAAAUUUAAACAUAAAAUGUCAAUUUAAUUUAGUGUUUCUUUUUGAAAGUUUUAAAGUUAUGUAAGAUGUAAUGUAAGCGGCAUAUACAUAAGAUAAUAAGACAAAAACGAUUUGUCACUUCUGAUUUUUUCUGUAACGAAAUGCAGUACCAGAUUUUAUGUGAAUUUUACACCAUACUACGUUACAUUCAUUCGGUUGUCUAGUAAAAGCAUGUUUUAAAUAUCAGUUUAGCUAUGUACAAAUAGUUAUAUAUUUUAGUGGUUAUUUCAUUUGAAUUUCACUUUUCUGAAAUGGCGAUUAGACAAGUCGACACUACCGUUUAAUAGCCAGUAAAGUCACGUGAUAUCAACAUUUUAAUUCAGGCCUAUGUAAUGAUAUUUUAUUAGCAACACUAAAAUAUACAAAAAAAAAGGCGAGUAAACGUGUCAGUAUAUCAUUCUAAAAUUAAGAUUGUUAAUAUAGUAGUCUUCAUUUGCUAGCCUUACAAUGUAUUGAAAUCACACAUGAAGUUAUUGAAUAAGCUAGCAAAUAAUUAUAAUAAGACUUCAGAAAUACAGUAUAUUUUAGUCAGAUAUUUUGAUUUGAUACCUGAUUGUUUUCAUACAUUGUUCAUGUAUUUGUAGUUUUUUCUUCACAAUGUUAUUUGACUCUAUAGUCAACAUAUGAAAACUUUAGAUGAGUUGAAAGAUAAAAAAAACAAGCUGUAAAUAUGUAUUUGUUUAAAUACAGUCUAAGUUUUUCUUUGUUUUGUUCAGUAUCGUAAUGUCAAUAUCAUAAGUUGUAUACUGGUUCAUAUUAUCUAUCUGUUAUGAAACAUGAGCUGUAACCCUGAGAUAAGUUUAAAUGUAACUAUGAUGUAAGAAUUAUUUGAAAUUUUAAAGACUUUAUUUUACUGUUUUGAAAGCAAGUGCUUUUAUCUUAUUUAAAGAACGACGAAAAUAGCAUAUUGUUGAUUGUCGACUGUUUUAAUUUGGCAAGAGGCAAAUACUUGUGCCAAUCAGUAUCAACGAAUAAAACACAUGUCAUUUUUAUGAAAUGUGAUGUUUUAAAUAUGUUCAAUUUAUAUAACCUGAAAAGAUUCUUAUCUCAACGUUUUUAUUUUGUAAUGGAGGAAUGUCGAAUUAUUUGAAUUGAUUUAUGUAACAGCUCAAUGUAUACUUGUGCAAAUCAGUGUGCGUGUUGGUGUGCUUGUUAUCUGUAUGCUACAAUGAUUUGUUGAUAUUUUGAAACUAUGUUCAAAGACUUAUGCAGAACAAAAAUGACAUGCCUUAUAUUUAUAGACUCUUUACCUUACGGUGCCUUAAAUCAUUAAAGUUCAAAACAUUUGUAGAAAAUUUACAUUAAAACACCAUGACUUACAUAUAAAAAUAUACUUCAGUCAUUCAAUUCAUUUCCUAUCAUUUCAUCCAUGAUAUAUUUGAUUGGCGUUAAAAACAUUUUUAUGCAUAAAUCAAUUCAUCAAGUCAUUACAACUGAAGAAAUAGUACACAGCACUGAGAGCCUAUUAGAAUUAGAGUGACCGAUUAGUCAGUCCGCAAAUAUCUAACGGACCGAAGCCCAAGGCUGAGGUCAAUUCAAUGUUUGGAGAUGGCUAUGGUAUAUUAUACAGUACUUUACUGGAAUAUCUGGUGAAAGUUAAACAAAGGAGGAAAUUAUAUUGUUUAAAUAGCAAAUUUUCUAGUAAACACUGCUAAAUUUUAGCGGUCCGACAAGUUAUUAAAAUUGUACUCGCUAAGGCAGUCACUAUAUCAUAUAUGUCGGACCUUAUACUUCAUCGUGAAUAUUAUAUUAUUUGAAUGCCCGCUGACUCUUAAAUAAAGAAAGAAGAAACUGUAGAUGUGGUGAAGAAACAGUUUUAGUUAAAUAUGUGUAUCUUGGAAGAAAUUUUUUAAAGUUUAUAAAAAACAUCGACACAGUUAAAAAUUACAAGAUUCAGACAUUUUUAGUGUGCAAUAACUAUGUAGGAACCAAAUACACAUCGCUUCUAGGUAUUUAUCUUAUCCAAGGUUUGAAAAUAAUAUAUUCAUGAACUAUUUCAACGAAAUAUGGGGAAAUUAUUUCCAGUGAUCCAUAAUGUUGCUAACAUUCCAUUAUUUAAAAUAUUUAACUUUAUGCAAUUAAAAUCUUUUAGAAGGGUUACAAAUUGUUGUAAAAUAAAGUUAUGCAUCUUCAUCGUUUAACAUUAAGUUGUGAUACUUUAG